AUGGACAUAGUGAAAGUGGAAAGUAAGGUGGAAGGGGAGAAUGAGGAGAGCGAAAACGAGGAGAAACAUAUCAAAAUUGGAGAUAAAACUCGCUCACGGACUGAAAGUCUUUUUUUACUGAAAAGAAGAGAAAAGAAAUGUUUCACCUGCCGGCAGUGUGGAAAGAGUUUCACAUGCAAACCAAAUCUCAAGGUUCACAUGAGGAUCCACACUGGAGAGAAACCGUUCACAUGUGAUCAGUGUAGAAAGAGUUUCACACAAAAAGGAAACCAUGAGAUACACAUAUUGAUCCACACUGGAGAGAAACUGCAUGAAUGUGAUCAAUGUGGCAAAACAUUUCUGAGGGCUUCAGGCCUGAAGGAUCACCUGAAAGUUCAUUCGCAGGAGAAACCACAUUCAUGUUCUUUGUGUGGAAAGAGUUUUUCACAUCUGUACAGUUUAAAAGAACAUCAGAAAACACAUACUGGUGUAAGAAAUCAUAUGUGCUUUGAGUGUGAGAAGACUUUUAUUAGAGUUGGACAUUUGAAACGGCACCAGAGGAUCCACACUGGAGAGAAACCUUACAAGUGUUCACACUGUGACAAGAGAUUCAGUCGGUCACAUUAUCUGAAAACUCAUGAGAUGAUCCACACUGGAGAGAAACCUUACAAGUGUUCACACUGCGACCAGAGAUUUAUUCAGUCAGCACAUCUCAAAACUCAUGAGAGGAUCCACACUGGAGAGAAACCAUACAAGUGUUCAUACUGCAACAAGAGAUUCACUCAUUCAGCAAACCUGAAAAUGCAUGAGAGGACCCACACUGGAGAGAAACCUUACAAGUGUUCACACUGUGAUAAGGGUUUUAGUAAUUCAGGGGACCUGAAAACACACGAGAGGAUCCACACUGGAGAGAAACCGUAUCACUGCACUGCAUGUGGGAAGAGUUUCACUCAAUCAUCUUCUCUACGCACUCAUACAAAAAAAUUUCACAGUAAGUAGUUCAUCUUCAGAUCCAGCACCUUCAGAUAUUUUAGAUGGGGAAAAAAAUCAUCUAAAUUUAUCACAGUGAAUAAAGUUUAUCUUCAUGACCAGCAGUUUCAACUGUGAAAUUCAGAUCAACUCUGGGGAGAAACUCCAUCUUGUUCUUGUUCUUGUAUAUCAUUUUGCUUCAGAAUAUAAUCUGUAUCAUAAUGCUUAAUGAUUUUGUUUUAUGUUUGAUAUAU